AACACGUCUAGAGUCGGAGUGCUAGCGUGACUGUGGAAAACGAAAAUGUGCAAAGUGCAAAUGUUGCGAGAGUUGGUGAAGCAGCGACUAAACGUGGCGGUCGAAGAGAUAUUUGAACUCUUUGAGAGGACCAUCGCGGAGUACGAGGAGGAACUUAGUCGAUCAAAAGAGGAGAACGAGCGGCAACGCGAACUCCUGGAAGCUGUUUUUACGCCUCAACCGGACACCCAACAUUCGAUAGAGGUUCCCGCAGAGCCACAGCAGGAAUGGAGCUCCCUCGUGGCGCAGGAGGAGCCGGUCGAGCCUCCCCACAUUAAAGAGGAAGACGAGGACGAGUGGCGCGAUCAGGAGGACGAGCAGCUUCCAGGGCAGGAGGAGGCCGACGUCCCCCGGUUACCGCUGACCGAUCUCCCUUUAAAGCAUGAAGACGAUGAAGACGGAGCUCACUCCUACCAGCUUCAUUACAAUCAAAGUGAGGAGAACACGGAGGCUGCCGGAGGACCUCAAGCAGACGCCAGCUUUGCUCCGCUGUCCGAUAUGGACGACGUGAUGUCGCGCUCGUCCGAGACGGACCACAGCGACGACGCCAAAGGACGUACGAAGCCUUUUAACCACGUUAAAGGCGACCGACUCUUCAACUGCUCCGAAUGCGGCAAGACGUUCAGCCGGAAGGGAACUUUGAACCGACACAUGAGGACGCACACCGGAGAGAAACCUUUCGCUUGCUCAUUUUGCGCCAAAAUAUUCUCCUUAAAGCAUCACAUGGACAGACACAUGAGAAUACACACUGGGGAGAAACCCUUUUCCUGUUUGUUUUGCCCUAAAGGAUUCAGAGACAGGUACAAAAUGAUGACGCACAUGAGGACGCACGCUCCCCAGCUGCCUUUUCCCGCCAGCGACUCCAGUCAACGUUUGUCAACAGAAGCUGACGGAGAACGCUUUCAAGCUCUUCACUCACAACCGGGCAACGUGGCUCCACUAUCAGAUAUGGACGACGCGAUGUCACACUCUUCCGGGAGCGAGCACGGUGACGACACCGAAGGAACUAACAAGGACUCCAAGAAAUUCAUGUGCUCGGAAUGCGGGAAAAUGUUCGGCCGCAUGGGAAGUUUGAACCGACACAUGAUAACGCACACCGGAGAGAAACCCUUCGCUUGCGCAGUUUGCACGAAAAGAUUCUCUUCAAAGGAACACAUGAAAAGACACACUAUGAUCCACACGGGGGAGACGCCGUUCCCGUGCGUCGUUUGCGCUAAAAGAUUCAGAGAUAAGUGUGAAAUGAUACUGCACAUGAGAACGCACACCGGCGAGAAACCUUUUACGUGCUCGGUGUGUCGCAAAUGUUUCUCGCGAAAGGACGAUUUGAUGUUACACGCGAGAACGCACACGGGAGGGCAUUUCACCUGCUCCGUUUGCCAUAAGAGAUUCUCCAGUAAAAAGUAUGUGAUGAUACACAUGAGGACACACACCGGCGAGAAGCCGUUCAGUUGCAACGCGUGCGAUCAGAGGUUCACGUAUAAGUACCAGGUUACCAGACACAAGUGCUCCGGCGAGCACGAAAGCUGCGUGGAUUUAAACGCGUCGGAAGCGACGUCCCAAGCUGGGAUGAUGUACACAUGAACAGACUUUCCAUGUACACUGUUUAAGCAGUUAUGAUAUUCAUAAUUACGUCCAAUUCCCUUCGGGAUGAACCGAUACCACUCUUAUUUUUUAUUAUUAUUUUUUUAUUAUUAUUUUUUUAAUAUAUACAAGUACUGUACUUACAUUUGAGUACACAGUGAUACCAUGUACUGACUACUUGAUAAUCCCAUUGCGUUUUGCAAUCAUGAUGGCAAUAAGUUUUAUUUUUUUAAACAAAGACUGUUUUUAAAAAAAAACAUUUUUCUUGAACAUGGCAUAAGUUGCACUCUAAUAUAUAUAUAUAUAUAUAUAUAUAUUUUUUUUUUGGGAGUAACAACUUGUCAUUACUGACAUUUUUAACAUCCAACCGCAUGUGUCUCAGUCUUAACACCGUCACUUGAAAGUAAAGUAUUUUUUUCCUCAAAAAUCUCAAAUAGUGUAUGUUAGUUGAACACAUUAAUUAAGUGCAAUCAAAAGACUUUUUCACUGUAGGGGGCACUGUGUAAAAGGAGUACAAAUAGUAGUUAAGAGACAACGAAGAACGUAGAGGCUGGUGGAUAUAAACAAGUAGGAAUAUGGCUGUCAUGUUACCUCUGUGUGUUCACUACAGCGUAAAGUGCGUAAAGAGAAAUACAAGACUGCUUCUUGACAGUAUCACCAGCAAAGCAUAAUUGGCAGUUGGCGAAAUGUUUUGUCGUCUAUGUUUACCUUAAAGUGUCGCCACGCGGCUCCUAGCCGGAAGGUAAAUGUCACACUGGUCAAGUGGUAUCGGUAUGUAGUACCGUUGUACUUUUAGGAGUACGAGUACCGUACAGAUGUACAAGACUGUCAUCUAUACUGCUAUCGGUUUCGAUGCUGUUCUACGAUUACUCCAACGGUGCCUGUGGUCAAUGUACGUAUAUCAUAUUCUCUGACAUUA